AUGACCACUGAGCCCUUGGAAGACCCUGAAGCCAACAGCAGUUCUGCACAUGAUCUUCCCGAGGCCUCCUUGGACAACAAAGCUGAUGAAAACUCUGAAGAUUUCCCCGAAGAGUCUGAAGGACCAGAUUCCCUGCCUGAUGAUGUCCCACCAGGAGACCUCGCCAUAACACUAGCUGAACAGGAUGUAGAUCAAGACUCUGCAGCAAAAACCAUCGCCACAGAGCAAGAUGAAGAGCGGGUCUUCAUUCAGACUGAUACCUUCAUGAAAGAGGAUGAAGACCUGGCCUCCAAGCCGACUGCCAUCAUCGCGGGGAAAAAUGAAGACCAGGUGUCCAUGCAGAUUACCACAGUCAUUGAGCAGGAUAAAGACCAGGCCUCCGUGCAAACUGCCACCUCAAUGAGACAGGAUGAGGACCAGGCACCUACGCAGAUUGCCACUUCUGUGGGACAGAAUACAGAUCAGGCCUCCGUGCAGACGGACACUUCCACAGGGCAAGAUGUAGAGUCAGCCAUCUCCACGACCACAGCAACUGCUGGGGUCAAAGAUGAAAGCCCAGAUGUUCCAAGUCAGAGCCAGGAGAAUUCUGAAGAGAUCACAUCUCUGUUGCCACAAGACCCAGGUAUCCUACAAGUGUUUGUGGGUUUCCAGAACCCAGUAUGGGACAGGCUAGCUGAAAACAACCGUACAAGUCGGAGCCGGACGGUUUCCCCAAGUGACUCCCAGACCCAGGAAAAGAUAUCAUCGGGAAAGCCGAAUGUUCCAGAAGGGCAGCCAGAGAUAGCUCCAAAUGCUGACGUCCCAUCUGUCCUGCCUGAAGAUGUCCAGCCUUCUGUGGGAGCUACUGACCCAUCCCCUUCGGAUAACAGUGGUCCUGACUCAGAACCCAUGACUAACACCAAGUCUGCUGAGCAGGAAGCUGAAGGUGUCAAAGCCUCAAAUCCUGAGAACAAAGCUAGAUCCCCAGGGCAGACCAAUGAGGAUUUAGCAGCUGACUCAAGGACCCCGCAGGCCCCAUCUGUUCCAAGCUCCCCAGGAAGCAAUCCACCCCCCUCUCCAGAUUCCUGCCAGGUGGCACCGGGCAGGAACCUUCUGGACCCCAGUCUGUAUAGGCCUGAUGUGGAGAACGACUACAUGCGCUCCAUGACGAGCCUGCUGGGUUGUGGAGAGAGCUCCAUUAGCUCCCUCACAGACAUCUUGGUGUGGUCAGACACCGCCACGCGCAUGGGUGUGGCUGUGGGGAUUCUGGCCUCAGGCUGCAGCUCUCCAGCUGACAGGCUACAAAACGAGGGUCCCCGCCUGCGCACCGUGGCCAGCCUCCUGCGAAGUGCCAGGUCAGCUUUCUCCUCUGGGGUGAUGUCUGGGACUGGCUCAGCCCUGCGCUCUGUCACACACCUGCUGGAGUCUGUGGAGAGACGUACUAUGGAAGGCAUCCGGUCAGCUAUGGGCUACCUGGCCCAUCACUUCACUUCACGCUGGGCCCGCACUGGCCCCAAUGGUGACUAG